AUGGCCGAAGACGAGGACAACAGCGCUUUCGUGGCGUUCAGCGAAAUGGGUUUGGAUUCGCGACUCCUGCGGGCCAUCGACGGCAUGGGUUGGCCGUCACCGACACUGAUCCAGGAGAAGGCCAUUCCUCUGGCACUGGAGGGCAACGAUAUAUUAGCCAAAGCGCGGACCGGAACGGGAAAGUCGGCCGCAUUUGCGCUGCCGAUACUCAACGGACUGUUGGCCACGAAAGACACGGAUGACGGCAGCGGUGAUCAUCACAUGAACGCCAGACACGUCCGGGCGCUGGUGUUGUCGCCGACCAAAGAGCUGUGCCAUCAGUUGACGCAACACUUCCAACAGUUGACGGCUUUCUGUUCGCGUGAGAUAACAGUGUUGGACAUCAGCACCGGUCGAGUGGACGAUAUGCGGGGCGUAAUGACCGCCGAAACGCCCGAUAUAGUGGUCGGAACGCCGAGCCGUGUGCUGAUGCAUAUCGAGGCCAAACACUUGCCGCGACUCAAACAGGAGCUCAAGUAUCUGGUGAUUGACGAGUCGGACCUCAUGUUCUCCUUCGGCUACGAACAGGACUUACAACGAGUGCUGCAAUCCGUGCCCACAAUCGGCUGCCAGUCGUUCCUAAUGUCGGCCACACUUAACCCGGAGGUGAAGAAUCUGAAGAAGUUGUGUCUUCACAAUCCGGUGGUACUGAAACUGGAAGAGCCAGAGCUGCCGGAGUCGGACCAAUUGCUUCAGUACCACAUCGAGUGCGACGAAGAGGAGGAGAAGUUCGUGUUAGUCAACUCGUUGUUCAAAUUAGGUCUGAUUCGCGGCAAAACAAUCAUUUUUGUCUCAUCGGUGGACAGAUGUUAUCGUCUGAAACUAUUCCUCGAGCAGUUCGGUGUCCGCGCGUGUAUAUUGAACAGCGAACUGCCCGUCGGGAGCCGUUGUUUUGUUGUCCAACAGUUCAAUUCGGGUGUCUAUGACAUCAUUAUAGCGAGCGAUGAGAAGUGCUGUUCGGACGCCCGACAGCGCAACGACCGAAAGGGCAAGUCUUCUAAGCGACGGCCGGACGAGGAGUACGGCGUCUCCCGAGGCAUAGACUUCAAGUACGUGUCGAAUGUGAUUAACUUUGACUUUCCGACGUCCGUCACGUCAUACACGCAUCGCGUCGGGCGAGUGGCGAGAGGGCACGACUCCGGCGAAGGCACUGUACUCUCGCUGAUCGGUGCGCACGAGAAGGAGUACUUCCGGACAGUGCGCGAGUCGUUCAGCGCUUCGGCGAACUUCAAGCCCUAUCAGUUCAAAAUGGAAGAGUUGGAGGCGUUUAAGUACCGGUCGCGCGACGCCCUCCGAGCCGUCACCACAAUAGCCAUACGCGAGGCCAGGAUUAAGGAAAUCAAACGCGAAAUACUGACGUCUCAACAGUUGAAGAGCUAUUUCGAGGCCAACCCGAAGGACCAGAAGGUGCUCCGACACGACCGCGCGCUCCACACCGUUAAACACAAACAGCAUUUGCGAGACGUUCCCGAGUAUAUCGUUCCGCCCACUCUUCAGGCGAUGGUUAAGGCGAAGAAGGGCUCCAACAAGCGCUUGGAAGAGGAGGCGAGCCUUAGCUAUACUCCCAAAAGGAAACGCCGACCGAAACACUUGAAUAAGAAGAAGGAUAAAAAUGCCGAUCCGUUGAAGACUUUCAAGUUUUCCACAACAAGAAGAUCCAAACCUAAGCUUAAAAAUAGGAGAAAAUAA